CGCAAAUCAUACAUGAGUGGGCUUUCCCAGUAUAGUGAAGCCAACAAGGAAAUUGCCCAGCAAGUAUCGAUUAAAGCAAUCAAUCAGCAGAACGAGCCAUCGGUUAAGUUAUCCAAUACCCAUGAUCGAUCAAAGAGUAUUACCGAGGAGACCAAUUCGGUGAUUUCCAGUGACUCGAUUCAAAUGGGCAAAUUGAAUACAACUAGUAAUAGGGUUACUAACGAGCCUAAUUUAAGUUACCAGACCAACAUUGAAGGGGCCAUACCACCAAGAUCAUCACGUCGUCCUAAAAGUGAAAUUGUAAUUAGUAAUAAUGACUUGAAAAAGGAUAUUGACAAAUUUAAAAAAAGAAGAAAUAGCGGGAUACCAAAGACAAAAAGACAUAGUAAAAGAUUAAGUAUUAGUGAUGAUUUAGACCGAUUAAUGGAAAGUGCAAAUUCAAUGAAGAAUUUCGAAGAUGACGAUUAUUAUAGAGAAGGAGGAAGUUCUAAAAAUGAGUUACCACAACCAGACUCAGAAAAUGAUAAGACAAUUACUGAAGAAAAUGAUAAACUGUUACCUGAAGAGAAUAAACGGUUAGCUGAAGAUAAUCAGCAUACCGAUACUUACGAAACCGCUGAAGGACUCAAAUCACAAGAAAUGGUCAAUGAGUUCAAACCAAGCUUACCACCCAGACCAAGUGUUGAAAAAGUUAAGCGGGCACAAAGAUUAUCGAGUCAAAUUCAAGAAAAAGAGAAGUUAUCUAGGAAAACAUCGCUUGAAAGACAAUUCAAUCCCACCGAACCAUUGAGUGAACUGCUGAAAGAAGUACAAGAAGACGAAUUUUCUGAUAUAGAAGAACCGGUUUUAGUCAAUAAACCACUGAAGGGUAAAUUAGUAAGAGAAAGCACUACAAGAUCAAAACAAAAAUCAAAGCCCAAAAGAGCCAAACUGAAAAAAUUAAAACACAAUAAAAAGGAACUGAUCAAUAGUGUAAAUUCUUUGAAACCUUUCAGUUACAAUACCUUAAUCAACUUAUUAGAAAGUAUUAACGGUACGGUGAUUGGUGAAGAAUUCAACCAAUUGAACUUACCAAUUAAAGAAAAACAAUUAAUUGAAAAAAUUAUCGACUCUUUAUCUAGAUUAACCAGUGAUAUGAUUAUUGAUGAAAAUCGAUACGAAGUUGGUAUUCAAAGAUUAGAAAAAGCCCUUAGGGUAUUAGAAGGCUUUAUG